UUAACACAUAACAUAACUGCUUCUCUCUCUCUCUCUCUCUCUCUCUCUCUCUCUCUUUUCAUAGCAGAAAAUUCCGUUCUCUCUCUUCAUUUAGGGUUUCCUGCUUUCCUUCCUCCUUCAACUUUCACUCUCGAUCCGGUUAUUCCGAGUCUGUGCCUUGCAAUGCCGCGUCCGGCGAAAUCAGUGAGGCCGUCGCACGAAGGAAGCGCCGCCGCCAGGGAUUCCGACGAACCUUCCAACAACCUCUGGGUUGGGAAUCUAGCGCCGGACGUAACCGACGCUGAUCUGAUGGACCUGUUCGCGCAAUACGGCGCCCUCGACAGUGUCACCUCUUACUCUGCGCGUAGCUACGCCUUCGUGUACUUCAAGCGCGUGGAGGACGCUAAGGCCGCGAAGAACGCUCUCCAAGGGUUCUCCCUCCGCGGCAAUUCCUUGAAAAUCGAGUUUGCCAGACCGGCAAAGCCAUGUAAACAGCUUUGGGUGGGUGGUAUUAGCCCAGCUGUGACAAAGGAAGAAUUAGAAGCCGAAUUUCGUAAAUUUGGUAAAAUUGAGGAUUUUAAGUUUUUCAGGGACCGAAAUACUGCAUGUAUUGAAUUUUUCAAUCUGGAUGAUGCCACUCAGGCAAUGAAAGUCAUGAAUGGGAAACGUUUAGGUGGUGAACACAUUCGUGUAGACUUCCUUCGAUCACAUUCUACAAGAAAAGAUCAGUCGUCUGAUUAUGGACAGUUUCAAGGAAAAGGCUAUGGGCCUACUGAUCCCUACACUGGACAAAAAAGACCUCUGCAUUCACAACCCCCAAUGGGAAGGAAAAGUGAUAGUCAACCCAGUAAUAUUUUGUGGAUUGGCUAUCCUCCUGCCAUUCAGAUUGACGAGCAAAUGCUCCACAAUGCCAUGAUUUUAUUUGGAGAAAUUGAGAGAAUCAAGAGUUUUCCUUCAAGGAACUAUUCAUUAGUUGAAUUUAGAAGUGUUGAUGAAGCUCGGCGUGCAAAAGAGGGUCUUCAAGGACGCCUUUUUAAUGACCCUCGAAUAACAAUUAUGUAUUCAAGCAAUGAGUCUGGAAAAGAUUACCCUGGCUUAUAUGCUGGUAGCGGUCCAAGAACCGACACGUUCAUGAAUGACCAUCCAUUUCGACCAUUGCAAAUGGAUUCAUUUGGUCAUAAUCGUCCCGUGGUUCCAAAUAAUUUUCCUGGACAGUUGCCACCUGGAGGUAUUCUUGGACCAAAUGCACAAAUGCGGCCGUUUGGUCCUCAAGGGAGUCUUGAACCUCUUAUUUCUGGUCCUGAGUUUAAUGAAAUGGGCAUGCACCACAAAUUUCAGGAUGGUAGUUCCAAGGGUAACAUGGGUCCAAACAGGAAAAGGCCUUCUCCUCCUGCCCCAGGGAUGCUUUCUCCUUCUCCUGCAUCAGGUGUCAGGCUCCCUUCAAGAUCAGCUUCCGGUGGAUGGGAUGUACUUGACAUAAACCAUAUUCCAAGGGAGUCUAAACGUAUGAGAUUAGAUGGUACUAUGCCUGUUGAUGAUGUUCCGUAUCCUUUAAGGAAUGUAGAUGAUCGUGUGUUAGGUAUGGACCAAACAUAUGGUCUUGAUCCGGUGAGCACAAGGUUGGGAGCUGGAGUACUUGGUGCUGCACAACCUGAUGCUGAUCAUAUAUGGCGUGGAAUCAUUGCAAAGGGAGGGACUCCGGUUUGUCAAGCUAGAUGUGUCCCUAUUGGGAAGGGGAUAGCUGCUGAGCUUCCCGAGGUGGUUGAUUGUUCAGCUAGGACGGGAUUGGAUAUACUCACAAAACACUAUGCUGAUGCUAUUGGUUUUGACAUUGUUUUCUUUUUGCCAGAUAGCGAAGAGGAUUUUGCUUCCUACACUGAAUUCCUUCGCUAUCUUAGUGCAAAAAACCGUGCGGGUGUUGCAAAAUUUGCUGAUAAUACCACAUUAUUCUUGGUACCCCCUUCUGAUUUCCUGACAAAAGUUUUGAAGGUCACUGGACCUGAACGUCUAUAUGGUGUGGUUCUUAAGUUUCCUCCAGUUCCAGGUAAUACUCCAAUGCAGCAGUCUUCGCAUUUGCCUAUACCAUCAAGUCAGUAUAUGCAGCAGAUUCCUCCUUCACAAGCUGAGUAUGGAUUGAUUUCUGCAAAGGAAGAACCAGUUUUGCCAACAGAUUAUAACAGACUGUUGCAUGAUGAGUCUAAACUUCCUCCUAAACCAGUCUAUCCGGCCACUAGUGGUCCCCCCUCACUUCAGGCUGGGCCUCCGGAUUAUCCUACUGGUUCCGUGUCCCAAGCUGGAGUUGGAUUAACUCCGGAGCUUAUUGCAGCUUUAACUAAUUUAAUCCCUGGAACAACUCAAUCAUCGACAAUUGAUGGUGCCAAGUCAGCAGUAGGCUCCUCGACUGUGAGGCCUCCAUUUCCCCCUGUUGCACCUAAUGAUGGUAACCAAUCUCAUUUAUGGAAACAGGACCAUCAAAUUGUUGAUCAGUCUGUUCAUCCUCCUCAAAAUUUGGGGAGUAUGUAUAACAUUCACAAUGCUCACUAUCAGCCUUAUCCACCACAAUCUGCUCCUGGCUUCCCUAGUCAAGUGGUCCCUGGCAGUUCGCAUAUUCAAGACACUGCUGCUGGUCUGCAGCAGCAGGGUGCUGUUUCGUCUAGACAGAUGACUAAUUACAUGAUACCUUCUCAUAGUGGACAGGUAGCUGCACCCACCCAUGUCAGUCAGCAGUAUCAGGUUGAAGUCUCCCCCGGCAACCAAGGAGGAUAUGGAGUGCUUCAAGGGACAGAUGCCUCUGGUUUAUAUAAUUCUCAGGCUUUCCAACAGCCAAAUAAUUCAGUUGCUGCAUCCACUCAAGUUCAGAGUGUUAAUCCAUCACAGCAACAUGGUGUCCUGCCAUAUACACUGGACCAAGUAAAUGCUGACCCUAACAGUCAGAAACUUCCUCUCUAUGGAGUUGGUCAGGGCUCGACAGAAGUUGAGGCUGAUAAGAACCAAAGGUACCAAUCAACGCUACAGUUUGCUGCCAAUCUUCUCUUUCAAAUACAGCAGCAGCAGCAACAGCAACCCCCUGGAGGACAUGGAUCAGGAAUUCAAUAAUGAGAAUCGUCUUCUGUUUUGCAAAAUCGCCAUGAUUACAUUCCUAAUCGUGUCGUUUAUAUUCCGUUCUCCAUGACGCAUAGGUAAUGGAAUCGCUCAAAGCAAAGGCUACGACUACUCCACCGAUACAAUGCAACGCCGUUGGUAGCCAUUACAAAGUUGAUGCUAUCGUCUAUUUAAUCAACCACAAAAGGAACGUCUCUUUUUCUUUCCCCUUUUUAGUUUAGUUUUCGUUUUCUUUUUCUUCACCCGUUCGCUCGCCUUGCAUCUUUGUUCUCUCAGAACUUCAUAGAUGUAAGGCUGUUUUUUGUCGUUUUUGUUUCUUUCUGGUGAAUGUAUAUAAUAAAUUUUCCAUCUUAAAUGUAGCCCCAAUCAGUUUUUUACCCCGCUACUCAGUUUCUGUGAUUUUCCUAAAUUGUAAUCACGAACGUAUUCGUUAUUUGGUAUUUUGGGCGUGUAUUGCGGAACCGCGUGGAAAGGAUUGUUUCUUGUA